ACUGCCAGCCUUUCUGAUCUCAAAACAAGACUUGACUCAAGAAAAUGUAUUUCACCUGAUGUCUUUGCUGAGAACAUGAAGAUUAGGCAGGAAACACAUCACUUGGCCAACUAUAUUCCACAGUGUUCGGUAGACGAUCUCUUUGAGGGAACGUGGUACCUUGUGCGUGUGGAUGAAAAACACAGGAGAACUUACGCGCGGCGCCCGCUGAUGGGGGAUGGACCUCUGGAGGCAGGAGUUGAAGUUGUCCACCCAGGCGUUGUUCAUGAGCACAUCCCAAGCCCUGCUAAGAAAGUGCCAAGAAUCCCUGCAACAACAGAAUCUGAAGGCGUUACUGUUGCCAUUUCCAAUGGGGAGCAUUAAGAUACCUCUGUGAGGUGGGGAAUGAAACAAGGUGUGAGGGUAGGGUGAGAGAGAGAGAAGGAUUGCAGUAGCGCUGAAGUUUCAGUGUACAGUAGUACUUCACUGGAGCAUGGAAAAACUGUUUUAAGCUCCUUGAAAAGAUUUGUCAUAAUAUGGCGUGCUGAUAUUUAUACUAUUUCCAGAACACUAAAAUCAUGAAUAUACUGGAGAUGGAGGGACUUGCCAGGGGCUGUGUGAAUUCCUAAACGUGUCUGAAUUUUUUUAAUUGCUGAGUAGUAGCUGUAGUCUAUUACAAGGUCUUUGUACAUAGAAA